AUGCCGACGAGAGAGGAGAAAAAUCUGGGUGAUCGUUUGGCCCAACGUAAGGGACUCCUUGCGAUUCGCAAUGCAUUGGAGAAGUUUGUUCACGAGUACGAUCACGAUCGCGAUGCCAGUCAACUGUGUGUAGGGUUGAAUUCGUUGGAUCAAUUGGACGCAAACUUUUUGGAUUGUCAGGAUGCCAUUGAACAGUUGGAUAAACCGGAAUCACUGGAUGAGCAUAUCGUCGAACGUGUGGAGUUCGAACAGUGGUACUGCAAGGCAAAGGGUUUUCUACUUACGAAACACACUGGGGAUCAAAAUCAGUCGAUGAACAAUUCUAUGCUGGCUCCGCAACAUUUCACUCCAAACUUCCACCUCCGUCUACCAAAAAUUGAUUUACCGAAAUUCAACGGGGAUUUUUCUCGGGACGCUCUGAUCAAGAGGUACGACAACCGACGAUACCUCAAAAAACAACUUUUCCGGGCAUUGUACGACUUGCCAGCAGUCAAGCAGGAGUGUGCGAAAUGCAUUCACGGUUUGGUCGACGAUUAUCAACGUCAUGUUUGCGCCCUCGCCAAACUGGGUGAACCAAACUGGGACACGCCGCUCAUCAGUUUACUUUCGUACAAACUGGAUCAAGCAACGCUACGAGCCUGGGAAGAGAAGGCAAGUCAACGGGGCGACGUGACGUACGAGGAACUGGUCGAUUUUCUCUAUCAACGAGUUCGUAUUCUCAAUUCCGUCGGACCUGAUUCGCAACAAUUCGCCGGCAUCCAUAAUAAAGGAUUCAAGUCAAAGGUAUCAGCCAAUGCAGCAACAGUUUCGUCUCCACAGUAUUCAUGUCCACUGUCUUGUUCAGACAGUCAUUCAAUUCGAAGCUGUCCUGUGUUUCUUGGGAAGGAUUUCAGCCAGCGACGCGAGCUGAUUUCCCAGAAACGAUUAUGUUGGAACUGCUUAAGCUUCGGUCACCAAUCCAAGAAGUGUGGAUCCAAAUUCACUUGUCGAACUUGCCACGACAAACAUCAUUCUCUCUUGCACGAUCGUGCUGCAAUGAAGGUAUCAGCUACGCCUGCCAUUCUAUCCAGUUCAGCUGAGUCUCAAAGUUCUACCGUGUCACCGAAUCUUGCUGUACCAUCAGCUUCCUCGGUUCAACAAUCGCUUCCUUCCACGUCACCAAUCGUGGAACCUUCUGGCUCCCGCCAAGUCAGCAUGGCAGUCCAAACUCUUAACAUUAGUCUCAGUUCAGUAUUCCCGGAAGUGUCGACCUAG